AUGGUCGAUUCCCGUGUAUUAGAAGCCCAAGUAUGGGUCAACAAAACUUAUAAGAAGAAGAUCAAUGACCCAAGCCAAUUUCCCCCAGUCCUUGAAGAUGGAAUUACUGGCUGGAAGACCAUCCACGCUCUCACUCGCGCCUUGCAGUGGGAACUUGGGAUUGAGCAGCUCUCGGACAAUUUCGGGGACACGACUAUGGCAUAUCUCGAAAGCGCUGAUGGGAUCGGAGAGAUGAAUGGUGGAGACAUAGUCCAGAUUGUUCAGUGCGCAUUCUACUGCAAAGGGUAUAGCACAGGUGGGAUGGAUGGGGACUGGGGAGAUGAGACGACGGAGGCGGCAACGCAGAUGUGCUUCGAUGCUGGGAUCAACUCGGGUCAAGAAAUCAAGAAUCUCACACCAAAAAUGCUUAAAGGUCUGUUCAGCAUGGACGCAUACGCGCUUCUCCCGACUGGAACGGAGGCUGUUCGAUCCGUGCAAAAAUGGCUCAAUGGUCGAUAUCUCAACUUUCUCAACUAUUACAUCGUCCCAGCAGAUGGGAUCUUCUCACGUAGCGUGCAACGUGCCCUGUAUAUCGGUAUUCAAUUCGAGAUGAAGCUCAGCCCGACUGCAGCGACUGGCUCAUUUGGACCGGCGACUCGGAAGUUCCUUGAACAGAAUACGAUUCGCUCGGGUCAGCAGGGACCUCUCGUACAAAUCUUCACCGGCGCAAUGAUCUGCCAAAAAGUCAAGCUGACUUCAUCAACCGGUGGCGUAGAUGAGGACUUCACCGGGUUCUCGGAUACGUUCAGAAGCGACACCUCGAGUGCUUUGAUAUCCUUUCAAAAAUUCUCCGAGCUUCCUCAGACUGGCAUAGGUGAUUUUUCAACAUGGUGUCAGUUGCUUGUCUCGACUGGAAACCCUGAUCGGCCAGCGACGGCUUUUGACUGCAGCACUGGUUUGACGCCAAGCACAGCUGCGACAAUGCGAGCGGCUGGGUAUCAAUUUGUGGGAAGAUACCUCGCUAACAAGCCUGGAAGCACUUUCAACAAGAUGAUCCAGCCCGGUGAACUUACUACCAUCUUCAAUGCUGGGCUGCGCGUCUUCCCCAUAUUCCAGUUCUAUGGCGGCGAAGCUUCCUACUUCGACUAUGCCACCGGACGUCGAGAUGGAUUCGCAGCUCACGAGGCAGCUGUAAAUCACGGUCUCCCUACCUCCACAGUCAUUUACUUCGCGGUUGAUUUCGACGCGACGCAGGCCGAAAUCAACUCCAACGUAGAACCAUACUUUAAAGGGGUAGCUGGUGCGCUUGCCAGACGAGAUAAUAAAUACAUCAUGGGCGUGUACGGGUCUCGUAAUGUUUGUUCGGACAUCACUGACCGCGUUGGUGCGAGAUGGAGCUUUGUGUCUGGAAUGUCAAGCGGCUUCUCUGGUAACAUGGGUUUCGCCAUGCCCUCGAAUUGGUCAUUCAACCAAAUCCAGACAACACGUGUCGGCUCAUUGGAGAUCGACAGGGAUGUACACAAAUUGGGAUCUGAUAUGGGUGUUGGGCCAGCGAGCGACACCUCAGCAGCGUCCAUCGACGAUUUCAUCCAAUACAUACGUAAAGUCUACGAGCUUGCCCUCACCUACCGCAGCACCUAUGGAGGACCAUCCAUGGAUCUGAAUGAGAUGGUUCUGAAUUUCCUUCGGAGCCCUCGAUACACCGACAAACGGUGGUGGCUUCUACUGGGCAUUGUUGACGGAUUCGUCUACGAGGGAUGGCUCGGUUUCAUUUCCUGGGCCAAUGGCAAGAUCGUCAAAGUCGAACGUAUCUAUGACCCCACAUACGGUGUUAAUCUCCACGUCGAUCACUUCGCCGCGAGUUGUAUAGGGAUUUAUCUCAAGGGCAAACCACUCGAGCUUGACGGAACCCCACCCGCAACAGGUAUCGCCGACUUUGUCGGCUGGGGAGGGGACUGGAUUCAGCAUUACGGCUUAUGGCAAGACGCUCUCUCACAAGAACCGAUGAAAUGGUACUCGGGGCUAGAGUUCUGCCGUGCGCGCCUCGCCAAAACGGACGAAGAAAUCAAAGCUGGGCGGUUCGAUAGCACGUUCAAACUCCGGGAUCUCCUUGAGGACGUUGCCGGGUAUAACAUUGGGAUGAAUCUUCGAGUCAAGGCACCAGUAGCGACUAACAUCGUCGACGAGAUCACCUACGCCUUCAAAGGCCCUGGCCGACUCACGCGGUAUCGGGACUUUUACGCGAAGCGAUUCAACAACAGUCCGGCUGCUGUCAAGGCGGCUGCCACGAGUAUGCUUCUCCGUCGUUUACCAACCGGAGCAGACGAUUCAAUAGUGAUUUACGUUGCACAGUCUCGUCUGGUGACGAAUCAGUGUGAGAACGCUAUCAUGGCAUGGGAUAUGCCUUCUGAUCGACUAUCUGUGUUUUGUGAUGGCCUGGUGGAGAUGCUCGUGGCAAAGGUCGAGGCGGAGAAGAGGCUAACCUGA